GGAAGCGCGGGGCUCUUCCGGGCGGCGGCGGCGAUGGCUCCGGACCCCUGGCUCUCGCUGCACGGAGCCGCCUGCCAGGUCGCCCAGGAGGUGGCCGAGAAAAUCCAGGAGCGUAACCGGUGCCAAAGGACCGGGGAGAAUCCAGCCAAGCUCAAUGUGAUUAUCAGAUCGUCGCUGCAGAAUCUCAAAGAGAAGAUUGAUCAGCUGAAGGACUUACUGCUUCGGGCUGUAUCAACACACCAAAUCACGCAGAUGGAGGGAGACAGGAGGCAGAAUUUGGUGGAUGACCUUCUCACACGACAGAAACAGCUUCAGGCAUCUUACAAGAAUGAAGGCACAGAACCGGAUGUGAUAAGAUCCAGCCUAAUGACGGGAGGGAUCAAACGAGGUGUAACCAACCCAUGGCUCUUGGAAGAAUCUGAGGAAACCAGAGGGCUUGGCUUCGAUGAUCUCAGGCAGCAGCAGAGAAGGAUCAUAGAAGAGCAAGAUGCUGGACUUGAUGCUCUUUCUUCAGUCAUAUCCCGGCAAAAGCAAAUGGGGCAGGAAAUUGGGAAUGAGCUGGAUGAACAGAAUGAGAUCAUCGAUGACCUCACUAACCUGGUUGAAAACACAGACGACAAGCUUCGCAACCAGACGCGGCAUGUGAAGAUGGUGGAUAAGAAAUCAACAUCCUGUGGAAUGCUGGUGGUGAUUGUGUUGCUGCUGAUUGCAAUUGCUGUGGUCGCUGUCUGGCCAACACACUAACGGGGAUCUGGGGCCCGUCGGAGCUGCUGCUCGGCAGCUGAGCGCGGAGGACUCGGAGCAGAGACCGACUUUGUGCAAAGACCUUCUGUGUUUUAAGUAAACUCAACAGUAUUAGAAUGAAGCUGUGUCCGGCAGACAUCCGCUCUUCCUUCGGUGCACAGCUGAAGUGUGCUGUGUGAUUUGAAGGGUUGGAACUUGAAAAGGACUCUCUUCCCACCUUCCUUUGGCAUUCAGGAGGCUGCAGCUGGCUACACAAGAGAAGCAACGUCUCGGCAUCCGCAUCUGAGCAUGCGCUGGUGUCGGGGUGCUGCCUGCCCGGGGUGCUGCCUGCCUGGGGUGCUGCCUGCCCGGGGUGCUGCUGAUUCAGCUGGGCCCUCAGACAUCCCGAGGGCUUUAAAAUACUAAAAUAAAGGUGUGGUUUGGGAGUGCAGCAGUGGCGCUCCUUUCCUUCCUGAUACCUUCAUUUGGAAUGAAAAUGAUUACUUUUCUCAAGGAAUAGAGUUUUGGGGAGCGACUUCAUUGGCCGCUCGCAGGAUGGGAAGCGAGAGCACGUGGAGCCCUGCGAGGAGCCGCUGACGAGUCAGCCCCGGGCCCUUGGCGGGGAGUUAUCGGUGUUGAUCUCCCCAGGUAGAAAAAUGAACAGCAGCGGGUCUCAAACCAGGUGUGUAAGCUGGGAAGGCCUGGCCCUGUGGUGCCCGUGAGGGAGGUUGCUCCCCACAAGCUCUGACAGCUGACCACGGGAGACGCGCUGGCACUGAUGUACUAAUCUCAGCAAACGAGCUCUGCCUCUUUUAUAACUUUUCACACGCUGUUAAAACUGAGAGGAAGGAUUACCUAUUUCAAAACUAAUGAAAAAGAAGUAUUGAAUGUUCGCUUCUGGCCAAGAAAAUCAUUAUUUUGUUAUAUGUGCCAGUUUGAUUUCAGAAUUGAUAGAGCAAGCAAUAAAUAUUGAAUAAAACCUGAUCCAUUUAUAUACAAUUUA